AUGCAUGCAUUGACAACCGCCGCAGUUGAAGUAAGUGUGAUCAAAGGUAAUGGUACAAAUGCCUCAACAUCUAGGUAUUAUAUUAACCGAAAGUUUAAUUCAACCGGCCCUAACAACUUAAAACCUUUAAACGGCAUAGAAGACAUGUCCAAAUUGCUUAGAGAACUAAAAAUUAAGGAGCCAAUAAACCAAGAUCCUGGAACAAAGAAUAAUGGCGCUGAUAGAUACAGAGUUUAUAUAAAAAGAAAAUUAAGAACUUCUAAACAUUCGAAAAAACCUAAAAAAGGUCGUAAAGAAAAUGCAACUAGAAUUUUCGUACAAUCUCACCAAAAUCAGGAAAAAUAUUUACCUGCUGCCGAUAACCGUGUCAAUUACCAAAGAAUAAGUAUUGGGAAACCAAUAAUACUUUACAGUAAAGCGAAAAUGGUAUCUCCAUAUACCGUAAGAAAUAAAAAAUCACAAGAAAAACAUACUGAGCAAGAGGCAACUCUUCGAUGGCGAGGCGAAGAAAGUGGCGAGACAUCAAGAAUUGCAUUAGAAGAUGGAAAAGAGAAAUUAUACGAAGAUGAAACUCAGGAAACACGACUAUCACAUAAAGGUGCAACAUCAAUGGAAACGGAAGUAACCAAUGAUUUAAUACCUACAGAUGGAGAAUUUCACGGUAGUGAGAAAUACGUUAAUAUAAACGAAAACAUUAAUGAGCACUCUCAAGAGUCAGAAGAGGAAGCCGAAAAAGACCUAUCUAACAUAGAGACGUACAUAUCAUCACAAGGUCCAGAAUCUUCGCAUGAACAAGAUAAUAUUUUACACGAUCUGUCACUAUUUACUGAAAAUUCUGAAACAUUAGCACCUGGUUCAUCUGACAUAGACGAUUAUAUCCAAUCGGAAAUCGAUUACACUUCAGGGACACAAAUACCUUUACAACAUACUAGUGACAGUAAAACUUAUUUUGAUUCAAAUCUAAGUGGACAAUUUUCCGAUACAAUGAGGAAUAAAUUAAAAGCUGGUUCACAUGAAAGUAAAUGGACUGAUUUAUACGAAGGAUAUGAGGAAGAACCUCUCCAUAGAAACCUCCUUUCUAAGGAGAGGUAUAUGUCUAGCAGUGGACUAGUAAAGGCUGUUGAUGAUGAUGAUGAUGAUGAUGAGGAAGAAUACUUACCUCAAAAUGAACAACAUGUAAACAACAUACAUGACUAUAUUGACAAUGUACAGACACGUUUAUCCGUUGACAAUAUUAAUCAAGGACAAAUAAACUUUCCCUCUGACCUUACUAUUCAAAAGCAGAAUAAUAGUGCAAAACCUGAUCUACUAAACGAAGAGCAGAUCUUUAUACCAAAUGAUCAAUUUGAUCAAGAACAGAGAGAUAUCCCUGUUAGUAUUAAUGGGGAACUUAAACCUGCACUCACUGCUGAUAUCGAUGAAAAACCCUACGACCAUAAUAAUCACGAAGACCUGCAAGAACAGCAACACGCUGACUCUGAUCCUAUAAGAAAUAGAAACAUGGGACGGAUUAAUUUAUCUGCAGAACAAACCGUUCAAGAAAAUGUAGGCACAUUCAAUAAAAAUAUUGAUCACAAACAGACAAAUGCCUUUCUAAAUUUAGAUGGAGCCCAAGUAUUUUCUGCUGAUAUCCAUCAAGGAAAACCACACACAGUCUCUGGUAUUAUUGACAAUGGAGAGAUGAAAUGGAUAGGUUUAUCUUCUGCCCAAAUCUUAAAGAAAAAUAUAGAUACAUUCAGAGAAAAAAAUUAUCCAGAACCAGAAAUAUUUGUAACUCAUAUCAAUCAUCCAGAUGUACUCGUAACCCAUAUCAAUAAAGCUCCUUCUAGCAAUAUCGCCCAAGAAGAGUCGUCAUAUAACUUUGCUGACCAAGGAGUGGCCGAAGUGACUCCUGCUAAUAUCGCCCAGGAACGGCCACACGUAAUCUUUGAUCCUUUUAAUGAUAGAAACAAAGAAUGGACGGAUUUAUCUUCAAUACAAACGUUUAAAAAAAACCCUUAUACGUACAAUGAAAAUAUUAAUCCAGAACAGACUCAAGUACAUUCUGCACAUAUCAAAGGUGAACAUAAAUGUGUUCCCUGUGGCAAUAUUCCUCAAAAACAAUCAUCUCAUGAUCCUUUUAAUGAUUUUCACACAGAAUGUACUGAUUUAUCUUCCACACAAACCUUUAAAGGAAACAAUUAUGCGUACAAUGAAAAUAUUAAUUCAGAACAGACUCAAGUAUUUCCUGCAUAUAACAAAGGACACCAGAAAUAUAAUUCCUUGGGUAAUAUUCCUCAAGAAGAAUCAUUCUAUGAUCUCGUCAAUCAAGAAGUGAUUAAAGUGCCUUCUUCUGAAAUCCACCAAGAACAGCCACACACAGUCUCUGAUCCCGUUGACAGUGAAAAUGUGGAAUGGCCAGACAUUUCUUCUACCAAAUUAGUUAAAGAACAGACAUAUUUCCCCUCUAACCAUAUUUAUCAUGAACAAGUUCAUAUAUUGCCAAUCCAUAUGAAUCAAGAGACACAUACUCUCCCAGAACCAUAUAAUACUGAAAAUAUACAAAAUCCUAAAGUUAAAGAUUACAAAAUUAACACUUUUCAUCACACUGAAGAAGUAUAUCUGCCGAAUAAACAUUUAUUUGCGCUGAACAAUCUCAGAGAACUCAUCAACAGGCUCCAAAUACGAUUAAGAACAGAUAAUAGCAUACAGUUAUCUAGUUUCUACAAAAUGAUUAAAUUAAUAUUUUUAGUUUUUAAAUCACAGAUGAUAGAAGACAAUUCAGAAUAUUCGAUAUGGCUUAGGCAGCUCAACCCAGUAGGAAUCGACACUGAAGACAAUAAAGCACAGCUUAAAACAAAUGACUCUAACGCAGAAAAACUCUCAAAGGAAGAAACCCGACUCGUUGGACAUGAAAUGAUAAAAGGAGAUAAUUCUACAAAGAUUCUGUCAUCAUCGAAAGAACAUAAGCGAGAUGAAAAUGAGUCCGUAGCAACUGCUGAAAGAGAAGUAGCACGCAAUGGUGACCAAUCUAGGAAUAACGAGAGUAGUGAACGUAGAUCUUUUGAGACGCCAGAGAUACUUGUUAAAGGCUACCCUCAAAACUUUUUUGAAAGCAACGGAGGAGAAUGCUUUUCGCCACUAUCUGUGAAGAAUAUAGUAAAGAAUGUUUUAGAAUAUGUAAAGAAACAACCCGAUGCAUUAGAUCUUAUCAUUAAUGACAUUAAAUCUGAAAGCGAAGAGAAAGCAGAAUCAUCUAAGAUCCAAAAUGAUCCAACUCACGAUGAAUUAAGAUCUUUACCAAAGCCUUUAUUAGAAUAUAAAUUAUUCGAUACCAAUAAUGGUUGUCCACUCUCGAUCAUAAGAUUUUUGAAACAAAUACCCAAAUUUUUGUCGCAACUUCGAAAACACCCUCAAUGCUUGUUCCCUAUAUUUGGAUGUAACGAGUUUAAGGUGCACUCAACUUCAUCACAUUUCUGCGAAAAUCUACAUUUCAUUCUGAACGUGUAUGAGAUACCACGACCAGUAUCCAGACCCAUACACGAAUUCGUUUCUCCUGCUCCUGAGGUUUCAUCUGAAAUUAUGGAACCUGAGGUUCAGAUACCAUUUUAUUUUCAAGAAUUAAACGAGUCUCAGUCAGAGCCAGGAGUAAAACCAUAUAACAUGGUGCCGCAAUAUUUACCUCAGGAGCAACCCUCGUUUCCAAAAUACAUACCAAACGAGAUAAUAAUAACACCACAAUUUACACCGCAGUUUGAAAUUUUACCUCAUAAACAAGUGAGACCCCAACAAGAGGAAAUUCAAACAGAUGUAAUUAAGAGUCCGCCUUUGAAUAUACAGCUUGAUAUAUUUGAUACUGAAAUACACAAAGCAAAUAUUGAAGAAGAUAUACCAACCUAUGUUCAAGAGCCAAUUUAUAAUAGAUAUCCUAAACCGAUUCCUAUUGAAGAGAUUGAACCACCUUACGUUGAAAACUUUGAACCUGUUUACGUUGAUGAAUCGAAACCUGUUAAUACACCCUUUUAUUUCAAGGAAUCUAAACCAAUCUACAUUAAAGACACUGCGCUGAUCAACAUUAAAAAACCAGAACUCACUACACUACACUUUAAAGAACCGGUUUAUGUCGGAGAACCUACUUAUAUUGAAGAACAUAAACCUAUUUACAUCGAUCAACCCGAAUCUAUGUACAUUGAGGAAUCCAGACCUAUUUAUCUAGAAGAACCCGAGCCUACAUAUGUUAAAGAUUUUAAACAUAAAAUUAAACCCAUUUAUAUUGAAGAGCCUAAACCUUUUUACGUAGAACAACCAAAAUCUGACGUUAAACCUAUUUAUAUUGCUGCAUCUAAACCCGCUUAUGUAGAGGAGCUAAAUCUUAUAUCUAAAGAAAAAUUGAAACCAGUAACAUCUAUUCCUAUUUUUAUCAAUAAACCUGAAAGCAUUCAUGUGCAGGAACCAGAAUUCACAUACAUUGAGGAGUCAAAACCGCACGUCGAACCCAUUUAUAAUGAAAAACUAAAAAAAAUAUACUUUCAAGACACUGGACCAUUGUAUACAGAAACCCUCGAAUUUAUCAAUCCUGAAGAAUCUAAACCUGCCUUUAAACCCAUUUAUACGGAAGAAUCUAGGCCUAUUUACGAAGAAAAAGCAGAACCUGUCUACGUUGAAGAAAUAAAACCUAGCAUUAAUCCCAUGUUUAUCAAUGAACCUGCACCUGUUUAUGUAGAAAAACUCAAUCCCAUGUCUGACUACGAAUCUAACCAUCAGAAACCUAUACAUAUUUAUGACAAGGAGCCUAAACCUAUUACUAUUAAGGAACCAGGACCCAUCUAUAUGGAAGAAAUAGGACCUGUUAAUAAACCUAAUUAUUUUGAAGAACCUAAAUCAAUCUACAAUCAGUACCCUGUAUAUUUUGAGGAAAGCAUUCCAAAUUAUGAAAUUGAAUCUAGUCCUACAUAUGAAGAAGGUUUUAAGUUAGAUGUCGUUAAAGAAAAACCCAAGCCUAUUUAUGUAAAACAUCCAGAACUUAUCUACGUUAAAGAAUUAAAAGCUGGUAGUAAACCUAUUGUAAUCGAUGAACCUACAUCUAUUUAUGUCAAGGAGCCUCAAACUAAAUCCGAUCUGGAACCAGAAUCCAUGUAUAUCGAAGAAGGAGGACCUGUUAAUAAUCCUUUUUAUUUUAAAGAACCUAAACAAAUCUACAGUCAAUAUGCUAUACAUUUUGAGGAAGCUACUCCAAAUUAUGAAAUAGAAUCUAGUUCUAGAUAUGAAGAAGCUUUUAAUCAAGAUGAUGUUAAAGAAAAACCCAAGUCUAUUUAUGUAGAACACCCAGAACUUUUCUACGUUGAAGAAUUAAAACCAGGCAAUAAACCUAUUGUGAUCGAUGAACCUACACCUAUUUAUGUAGAAAAACAAAAUCCCAUCUCUAUCGACAAAUCUAAAUACCAGAAACCUCUACCUAGUCAUGUCAAUGAACCUGAACCUAUUGCUAUUCAGGAACCAGAACCCAUUUAUACUGACGAAAGAAGACCUGUUACUAAACCUAAUUAUUUUGGAGAACCUAAAGUAAUCUACAAUCACUACCCUGAAUAUUUGGAGGAAUCCACACCAAAUUAUAAAAUAGAAUCUAAUCCUACAUAUGUAGAAGCUUUAAAUCCACAUGACGUUAAAGAAAGACCUAAGGCUAUCUAUGUAGAACACCCAAAACUUAUCUACACUGAAGAAUUAAAUCCUCGCAUUGAACCGUUCUAUUUGAAUGGACCUAAAUUAAUAUACGUUGAAGAUAGCAAAACUAACAAUAUUAAAAAAGUUGUCCCUGUUAAGAAACCUGGCGUUAUUGACAAUUUUGAACCUACUUACAUAAAUAAUAAACAGAAUCCUAUGAUUGAAAUUCAACCUGUAUAUGUUGAAGACACCAUAUUGACCCAUGAGAAAGAAUAUAGUAACGAAGAACCAAUAACCAUUAUUAUUGAAGAACCAGAGUCGAACUAUUUCGAUAAACCUGUUUUUAUUGAAAACCCUAAGCCAAUCCCUAUCAAUAACCCAGAAACCGUUUCUGUUGAAGCAUCUGAAAUCAUUUACACUGAUGAAAUUGAACCUGAGCCCACAUAUGUUGAAAAAGAACGUGAUUAUAUAGAAGCAGACAUCUAUUUUGAGCAAUCUAUACCGGAGUCCAUCAGUAAACCUCAACCUACCCAUGUUGAAGAAUCUAGGCCAGUUAAUGAGAAAGAAACUAAUGUUGCUCACAAUGUUGAUUUGAAACAUGACUUGUUUAAAGUAAAACCCAAACUAGUUGUUGUUGAACAGCCUGAACCAAUGUACAUGGAAAAACCUGUGCCUGCCUAUUUUGAAGAAUUCAACACAUAUUUUGAAAACCCCAAGCACCUCUAUUUUCAGGAGCAAGAUACCAUUUAUCCUGAGGAACCUGAAUUAUUUUCUAACGACCAACUAACACAUAUUGUAGAUUCAAAACCCAUCUAUGAACCAGAAAUUACAUACAUUGAAAAACCCAUUAAUAUAGAACAAAUUGAAGUUAUUCAUACGCCAGAAACACCCAAAGAGCAACCUACGCAACAGGUCUAUGCACAAAUCUUGCCUUCAAAUGUUGUGGAACAAAUUAUCCAACUAAUUACAGAUAAUCCUAAAAAGCAUGUAAACAAUAUAAUUAAAGUUUUGCAAGAGAACCAACAAGUUAUCAAACCUCAACUUUACAAAAUUUUGUUUUCUGUUUUGAAUGCAUUCAUUAAAGGAAUUGUAGACUCGGAAAGAUUCAAUGAAAUAGUUACCUAUUUGAUAAAACCCCGGAUAAAUAGUGAGUGGAACAAUAAAAAGACACAAACCCUCUACUACCUACUAUCGCCGGGUAAAACAGGACAAGUAGAGGUUUCAACCCUAGAUAUUAUUUAUGGGUUAAUUCAUCAACCCGAAAAUACUUCCAAUAGUCCACAAAUGCUUGAUUUAAUAUUUUCACUGCUCACAAAAAUUAAAACAGAACAUGUUGACCAUAGAAUUAAUGACAUUAUCCUUGCAUUAUUAAAUCGAAAUAAAAACAAUAUAUUCUCCGACAAGGAAGUGGAAAUAUUACUGACAUUUAUCCAACCAAACAAAAUGGGGUAUGUUCCAAAAAAACGUAUUGACAUAGCGUCAAUGCUAGUGAACUUUGAUAAAAUCCCAUAUUUCUCUCAAAAUAAUCUGAAAACCAUAUUUUUAUUGAUGGAAAGAAACAAAAUAGGAAAAAUUGAUCCAAGAGCAAUUCAAAUUCUAAAGGAGAUAUUACUACCCAAAAAAUUAUCGUUUUUAUCAGAACAGAACAUAAUUUACCUAUUAGAAUUCUUAAGAACAGAUUCCGGGGAAUUUAUACAUCCAAAACGUCUGGAAGUUGCUCUCUUUUUAUUAAAAAAUAAGCCUCAGGCACCGAAUCUAAUAGACUGCUUAAUCAAAAGCUUAAAAGAAUAUGAUAUUCUGCAUUCAAAAUUUAUUGAUAUUCUUCUUUACUUGCAUAAAAAAAAUAUGUUGGCUUAUAACCUACUGGAGACUCUCGUUUCUCUUCUAUCACAGGAGAACUCAGGACAUAUAGAUACAAAAACCCUUAAUAAUCUCCUCUUAUUAUUGGCACCAUACAAAAACUCGAAACCAAAAGUGGUAUUUGAUGUUUACCAUAUUUUGAAUCGUGAACCAUUUCCGACUCCAAACAUGGAUACCAGUACAACUCAUCAUAACAUAAAAGUUCUUAUGUAUUAUUUGAUGAAUUCUGGUAAACAGUUCGAUCAAUCUCUUAAUCCAGGAUAUAAUCAACUAGAAUUAAAAAACUUGCUUUCGAAGGUAUUUCAAAAGCCUGAAUGGGCACAGAAUAAUGAAUUUGCACCAGAAUCACUAGAACAUAACAAUGGCUAUGUUGAAUUAACUUAUUUGCUCAAAGACCACGAGCCUGUUCUCUACCAUCCUGUAUAUUAUGUAAAAUACAAUAUUCCCAUGACAAUUUUUUUGAAAAAUAUCCAAGAUAUAUUGGCAAGCGAUUCAGAACUAAUUAAUGAUCCACAAAAACUGUUGCAAGAAUUGACGUUGGCUGGAAGUGUGUCAGAGGUAUCGUCAAAUUUAAAUGGUUUCCGAAAAGAAGAUAUACUAAAAUUAACGUUCGAAGACGGAAAACUUAUUCAAACGAAAGUAUUACAUGAAAAAAAUCUGAAUUUAAACGAUCAGAUCAAACAAAUUCAAGAUUUUAAUUCCAAUACAAGUCCUCAAGAAAUAUUGCAACAAAAUAAUAUUAACGCAGCAAAAUACUAUAUAACCUAUAGAGGAAAACCGUCAAAUCUGGCAGGUACAGGCAGUGUAGUACAUCGAGGUAAUAUCGGAGGUAUUAAUGGUCAAAGACCUAUAGUAAUGAGUUUAAAUAAAAGUUAUUUAAGGGAAAUUAAAACCGAUGAACCAAAAAGAACUAAUACCUCACUACCUUUGAAUGACCAGAGAAUAUCAACGCAGUCUUUGCUUAUUGGUUUAGAAGACGAGAAAAAUAAGACAGAACGGCAUCAAGAGAAUGAAAACUAA